GACUCGCGACCCUUCAACGCCAUCAUGAACAUCCGCAAUGCGAGGCCCGAGGACCUGAUGAACAUGCAGCACUGUAACCUGCUCUGCCUACCCGAGAACUACCAGAUGAAGUACUAUUUCUACCACGGUCUCUCCUGGCCCCAGCUCUCUUACAUCGCCGAGGAUGAGAACGGGAAGAUUGUGGGCUAUGUCCUGGCCAAAAUGGAAGAGGACCCAGAUGAUGUACCCCAUGGACAUAUCACAUCACUGGCUGUGAAACGUUCCCACCGACGCCUUGGUUUGGCGCAGAAGCUGAUGGACCAGGCGUCCCGAGCUAUGAUUGAGAACUUCAAUGCCAAAUACGUCUCUCUGCAUGUCAGGAAGAGUAAUCGGGCCGCCCUGCACCUCUAUUCCAACACCCUCAACUUUCAGAUUAGUGAAGUGGAACCCAAAUACUAUGCAGAUGGGGAAGACGCUUACGCCAUGAAGCGGGACCUCACCCAAAUGGCAGACGAGCUGAGGCGGCAACUGGAGCUGAAGGAGAAGGGCAGGCACGUGGUGCUGGGACCCAUCGAGAACAAGGUGGAGGCCAAGGGCAAUUCGCUUCCAAUCUCGGGCGAGGCCUCCCGGGAGGAGAAGGGCCUGGCUGCUGAGGAUAGCGGAGGAGACAGCAAGGACCUCAGUGAGGUCAGCGAGACCACCGAGAGCACUGAUGUCAAGGAUAGCUCCGAGGCUUCUGAUUCAGCCUCCUAGAGUCUUCCUUGGCCCACCCUGGCCUGCCCCACCUCACCCCACUCAUUUGCCCAAUAAA